UCAUUUAAGAGUCUUUUUUUAAGAAAUGAUCUCUUAGAGAUUCAAUUAUGAAUUCUACUACUACAAAAUCAAGUUUGAAGGAGGCCUGGACAGAAAUCUUUCCUAUUCCUCACAUAUAUAUAAGUUAAACUACCAUGUUAUAUCUAGCUCAGCGUCUUUCAAGCGCACACACAUGUAAAGUCCACGAGAAAGCAGACAUAAAUGAGUGAUUCAUGGGCGUAGGUGGAGUUUAUUGCCUGAGUACUGUGACUGACCACCAUGGCUAGCUACUUACUUACCUCCACGCUUCACCGACACCCCUCUGUCCUCUGCCAAAUUUCAUCCGCCAAACCCUUUUAAUAUCCUCCUCUUCCCUUCCUCACCCUUCAUCCUCGUCUCUUAGCUUCUCCCUCAUCCUCCCUUUCUCUUUCUAUUUCUCUUGCCCUUACUUGAUUAUUGCCACUGCACCAUUUUGUACUUUGCCGUCAGAGAAUCCUUUACUCUCCCUGUCUGUCAGCCCCUGCCACACUUGACAAAUCAUGGUACAGUCCAAGAAGUUCCGAGGUGUGAGGCAGCGCCACUGGGGCUCCUGGGUUUCAGAAAUCAGACACCCUCUACUCAAGCGCAGGGUGUGGCUGGGCACGUUCGAGACUGCGGAGGAGGCGGCGCGCGCGUACGACGAGGCGGCGGUGCUCAUGAGCGGCCGCAACGCCAAGACCAACUUCCCGGUGCCCCCGCGGGCGGCCGACGGCGCCGACGCCAAGGCGCUGUCGGAGGCGCUCAGCGCCAAGCUGCGCAAGUGCUGCAAGGCCGCGCCCGCGCCGUCGCUCACCUGCCUCCGCCUCGACACCGAGAAGUCCCACAUCGGCGUCUGGCAGAAGCGCGCCGGCGCGCGCGACGGCGCCUCCAGCUGGGUCAUGACCGUGGAGCUCGGCAACCCGCUCGCCGCCGUCGCCACAGCGCCGCCUCAACAGGCCACUUCAUCAUCUCCCUCCUCCUCCUCUGCCGGCCCGACGGCGGUGGAUGAGGAGGAGCGACUGACGUUGCAGAUGAUAGAAGAGCUCCUCAACCGGAAGCAUGCUGGAGUAGAAGGUGAAGACAGCUUCUUCCUCUGAUCACCAACCUUGUACCGCAUAUAGUCAAUCGCAUGAUUUACAAGUACUGUGCUUGUCAAUAUAUAAUCCCACACAAAGAAAGUUAAAUCAUAUGGUAUUUUAGAGGUCGGCCUCAGCAUGCAAAGAUGGUGAAAUGGAUAGCUAUUUGUCUAAUUUUUCCUUAUCAAGAACGCAUACAAUUAGGUGUGCUACGAAAGUGAUGGAGGUGGAAUAAGAAGUUUAAUUUGUUGCUACCAAACUUCUCUUAAUAGUGAUAAUUAAAAUGCUUAAA